CUCCUGGUGAGCAGGAACAGGGUGACGUCAGUUGUCACUUGGCUCUGAGCUCUCUCUCAGUGUGUGUGCGUGUGUGUGCGUGUGUAGCAGUAGUAGUUGGAUUACACUAUCAGUGUGUACAACGUCUGAUUGUGUGAUUUGCGCGAGCGUCCGUGCGCAUGCAUGUGUAGGUGUGCGUGCAAGACAGAGAGAGCGAGAGUGGUUUAAGGGGCGUGUUCAUAGGAAAUAGAGAUUUUUGCGUGUGUGUGUGUGUGUGUGCGUGUGUGUGUGCGUGUUUACACAGACGGGAAUACUGCUCCAGAGGAAGUGCGCUCGUUCUCCGUCUGCGCGUCCCGACUUCCUGCUCUGAGGCAGGAGAGAGAAAAGCUGCGGAUCCGCUUUCAGACAGCGGGGCAGCAGCAGCAGCAGCAGCAGCAGCAGCACAUGGAGCCCCGACACAACACACACGCUCUGCUUUAAGAGCCAAACUCCCACGACACGGACGGACAGACGCACACAGAGAGAAAGGAACCGCGGCCGUUCACAGCUGGUUGCAGGAUCCCCAGUGUUUGUGUCGUCAUGGAGAGCUCUAUCACCCUCUGGCAGUUCCUGCUCCAGCUGCUGCUUGACCAGAGCCACAAACAUCUCAUCUGCUGGACGUCUAACGAUGGAGAGUUCAAACUGCUCAAGUCUGAGGAGGUGGCCAAACUGUGGGGGCUGCGAAAGAACAAGACCAACAUGAACUACGACAAGCUGAGCAGGGCGCUGCGCUACUACUACGACAAAAACAUCAUCAAGAAGGUGAUUGGUCAAAAGUUUGUCUAUAAGUUUGUCUCGUUCCCUGAGAUUCUGAAGAUGGACCCUGCAGUUGUGGAGUCGGGUCGCAGUAGCGAGGAGGUUGGGGGGACGACGUCAGAACCUGAAGCUGAAGAGGAGGAUCGGACUGACAGAAACCAGUAUCGCCACUCCAACUUAUACUCCUCCUUCACCAUCAGCUCCCUGCAGCACGCUUUAGAACAGCAGCGGCCAAUCAAACAGGAGCCCAGAUGCGAGGAAAGCUCCUCUGUCAUCCGGUUCGUAACCAACGGCGGCCACUCGUCCCUUCCUCCAACACCACCUCCAUCCAUGACAGACAGCCCAAAUUCCUCUGUGCUGUCUCCUCGGUUGGCCAGCUCAUCAUCCCCAUCCCAAAGCCCCGCCCACAUACAGGCAAGGGGGCAGAGCCUUAGCGCAGAUACUGAAGAUGUCGAAUGUAGCGCUCAACCUUUAAACUUGUCAUCUGGUCAGAGGGAAAGAGAGAAGCUACGCUGCACACGAACACCAGAGAGGAGGGGGUUGGCCAACAGUAACCCUUUAAAAGGCAGAAAACCCAAAGGUUUGGAAAUCUCUGCCUCUCCUCUUCUCCUGACAGGAAGUGACCUCGUCUCCAUUGCCCUCAACAGCCCGGCGCUGCCCUCUGGGUCUCUUACCCCCGCCUUUUUGACCACACAGACUCCAUCUGGUCUGUUGCUAACUCCCAGUCCUCUGCUGUCCAACAUCCAUUUCUGGUCCGGUCUGAGUCCGGUGGGACCUCUGAGCCCAGCCCAACUGCAGAGCCAUGCCCAACUUUUCCAGUUCCCCACACUGAUGAAUGGAGCCAUUCCCAUUCCUCCUUCCAACAUGGACACGCCCUCUCCUCUGCUGCUCACGUCCAGCUCCCACAAGUCCUGAUGCCAGCAGGAAGCUGGUUCCAGAGGGGCUGAGGACAUCAUCAUCAUCAUCAUCAUCAUCAAGGAGCAGACCACCCUUAAGUUGGAUGAAGCUUAAGGACUGGGCAAACUUACACCUGAGACUUCUACCUUCAUUCCAGAAGAAACUGGAGCUCCACUCUGAGGAUUUGCUCUCCAAGAAGAGCAUAGUUUGGUUUGUUUGUUUACUUCAAGGUCCCCACCGUACUUGUGGUAAAACAUCUUUUAUCUCGUUUGAUUGCCAGUCUCUGCCCAAAUGUAGUAACACCUCAGCAGAACGCUAGUUUUCUUUUGCCACUUUCCGUAGCCGUCGUAACUCUUUGCCUCGGAUGUGAAGAAAUUCUUGGACACGUGUGAAGUCAAAAGAGAAAGCGUUACAGUUUAGAAGUAGAACUGUGAAAACUUCUCUCAGCCUUCCAAGACUAAACACAACCCGAGUUCCCACGUCUAGACAACACAUUAAGGCUUAUGCUUUUUGGUGUAUUCAAAACGUUUUAAAUGAUCAAGUAAGUUGUCAAAAUGUGUUUGAUAGCUUAAAGUUUAUCAUCACUAACAGGAACAAUAUUAGUGGAUGUUAUUGUUCUUGAGCAAGUUGAUGUUUUCCCACCUUUUUGUAAUCUUAAAGCUAAGCUAAGCUAAUUACUUUCUUGUACCUUACAUUCAGAAAUAAGUUGUGUUUUUUGCUCAAAAAAGGUUAAUGGUUCCAAAAACAAAAAAACUCCACCUAAACAAAUUUAUAAUACAAAGUAAUUAGAAUCAAUAUCAUGACGUUUUCUGUCACUUUAGAACAGAUUUGGCAUCUUUUUCUGUCACCUUUAACUGCCAAAUGUUUCCUAAUGUUCAGUUUCUCAUUCCUGGAUACAGAAAGGCUCAGGAUCAAAUUUUAUCCAACGCUGGAAAAAAUAAAACUGGGCUACAUGAGAUGGGACCGUUAGCGACUCCUAGCAAAAGCAUCUGCUAGCCAGAGUAAAAAUACAGCGCAAAAUUGAUGCACAAUUUUCUAAACUUUUUAUUAUUUUGCACUGUACUGUACUUUCAAGCAUUCUUUGCUGUAGCUUUUAUGAUGAAAGAUUUCUGUAAAUGUGUCAAAAGCUUUAUUUCUUCGUGGCCAAAACUGCACAAAUAGCUUUUUUUUGUAGUUGUGAAAUUGCUCGUUUUUUUGUUUUGUUUUUUUAGUUAAUAUGACGGCAAAUUAUUUUCUAUGUUAAUGAGUUUCUUAUUUUGUGUUUUUAAAUAAAUGACUUUUUCAAAAAAAAAAAAAAGUAUUCAGAAAAUGACUUGCACACACGUUUUAUGAAACAAAUUUUUAAAUUUUUUACUUCAGAUGGUUAUGAGAAAUAAAUAGCUCCAGUAAAAAGAGUCACACAUCAACUGUUCACCGGCAGCUCAGUGUUUCAGAGAGUUUGAGUUGACAACACAGCAGGCCUUCCAUGCAUCAGGCACACACACGUUUCCACACACACACUCGGACAUAAAACACAUACAAUUAAAUCAUCCGUUCAUCUGAAAAAAAAAAAAA